CCACCGUUGCCGCCGCCGCCGCCACCGCCGCCACCGCCGCCACCGCCGCUGCCGCGGACACGCACUUCCUGCCGGGCGUCGGGGCACAGAGCAGCUUCCCGAGCCGAGCCCAGCCCGGAGGCCCAGCGUCGCCCUUGCACGGAGUCGUUCGCCAUGGUGGACGAGCUGGUGCUGCUGCUGCACGCGCUGCUGAUGCGGCACCGCGCGCUGAGCAUCGAGAACAGCCAGCUCAUGGAGCAGCUGCGGCUGCUGGUGUGCGAGAGGGCCAGCCUGCUGCGCCAGGUACGUCCGCCCAGCUGCCCGGUCCCCUUCCCCGAAAAGUUUAACGGCGAGAGUGCCCGGCUCCCCGAGUUUAUCGUGCAGACGACGUCCUACAUGCUCGUCAAUGAGAACCGGUUCUGCAAUGACGCCAUGAAGGUGGCUUUCCUCAUCAGCCUGCUCAGCGGGGAGGCCGAGGAGUGGGUGGUGCCCUACAUCGAGACGGAUAGCCCCAUCCUCAGCAACUACCGGGCCUUCCUUGAUGAGAUGAAGCAGUGCUUCGGCUGGGAUGACGAUGAGGAUGACACCGAUAACGAGGAAGAUGGCUACUAGGUCCGCAGACCCUCGGCCCCCAUGGGGAGGGCCCUGCUCGCCGCCACCCUUUCCUCCCCCGCCUUCUGCUCCCUGCCGGCCUUGCCCUGGCGGCCACCCUCUCCCGGCACCCGGACAGCCCUCUGCUUUCCCUAGGGCAGCCCUUUCUCUCGCCCAGGUCUCCCCUCCCCUCCCCUAGCCUGCCUGUAGUGCUUGUCUUUGUUCCAGAAAUAGUGAUCCAGUGACCUGCAACUGGGGCUCUGCUCUCCCUCUGUCAGAACCUCGCUGCUGCCCCUCCACCCCCCAUCCACCACAGUUCCAGGACCCUCCUCUGCUUACUAGGACUGUGUCC